CGCCGCCUCCGAGGCUCCGAUCCCUUGGGCUUCCCCUCGGCACGGCAGCAACCGCGCGCCUCGGUGCGGUGUAUCCAUCGCCACUGCUCUGCUUACAUGAGGAUGGGGCGUAGGACAUGUGGCACGAUCUUCGUCCUUCUCUACGCGCUCUCGACGUCGGCACUGCUCGCAUCAUCGAGCACCGAUGGCCUCAUCCGUAUCCCGCUGAAGAAGCGAUCGAUCAUGGACAGCAUCUACGGCGAGCUUCUGCCAAAGCCUACUGGCGCACUGCUUCAGAAGCAAGCCGCGGCAGCAGGGCCAGGAGGGAGAGAGGCCGGCGGCGGCGGUGGCGACGAUCCGGUGCGGGACGCCAUCGCGCAAGCUCGUGAGCGGCAGCACCAGAUGCUGGUCGAGGCCGCGGCCAUGGAGCGCAGGCGCAGGUACUACUGGAGUUACGGCGGCGGGGGCGGCAAGGGGAACAGCACCGGCGGUUUGCGUGAUGGCGGAGGCGGCCAGGGGAACAUCGUUGCGCUCAAGAACUUCUUGAAUGCUCAGUACUUUGGGCAGAUUGGGGUCGGCUGCCCGCCGCAGAAUUUCACCGUCGUCUUUGACACCGGCAGCGCCAACCUUUGGGUCCCUUCUGCCAAGUGCUUUUUCUCGCUCGCGUGCUUAUUCCACCCCAAGUAUGAUUCAAGUCAGUCCAGCACUUACAAACCCAAUGGGACACCGGCUUCUAUUCACUACGGAACAGGAGGGAUUGCUGGUUUUUACAGUCAAGAUGAGGUCACGGUUGGCAAUCUAGUAGUUCAGAAUCAGGAAUUCAUUGAAGCUACUCAUGAGCCUGGUUUCACCUUUUUACUAGCGAAAUUCGAUGGCAUCCUUGGGCUUGCAUUUCAGGAAAUAUCAGUUGAAGGUUCAGUUCCAGUAUGGUACAAUAUGGUGAACCAAAGCCUAGUGCCACAACCUGUUUUCUCCUUCUGGUUAAACCGAAACCCAUUCGAUGGGGAAGAAGGAGGCGAAAUUGUGUUUGGAGGUUCUGAUGAACAACAUUACAAAGGAAGCCAUACAUACACCAGAGUUACUCGGAAAGCUUACUGGCAGUUUGAAAUGGGUGACUUUCUUAUUGGUGAAAGGAGCACUGGAAUUUGUGUGGAUGGUUGCGCGGCCAUUGCAGACUCUGGAACUUCGCUGAUUGCUGGUCCUCUAGUUGCCAUUGCCCAGAUCAAUGAACAAAUUGGAGCAGCUGGGGUGGUCAACCACGAGUGCAAACAAGUCGUUGCUGGUUACGGGCUAGAAAUGGUAGAGCUGCUGAAAGCUCAGCAGACACCACCAUCACAAGUAUGUUCAAAGAUUGGGCUCUGCACACUCGACGGAACACAUGGAGUAAGUGCUGGUAUCGAGAGCGUAUCAGGAUCUGGAGAUGGCAUGUCGGAAGCUAUAUGUAAUGCAUGCGAGAUGAUAGUCUUCUGGAUGCAAAGCGAGUUCAACACGAACAAGACCAAGGAGGGCACAUUGGAGUACGUCGACAGGCUCUGCGAAAACAUGCCUGAUCCAGUGGGAUCACACGUGGACUGCAGACACAUAGGCUCCCUACAGACUGUUGCGUUCAGCAUCGGUGGACGAGCAUUUGAGCUCCGGCCUGACCAGUACAUUCUCAGGGUCGGCGAGGGAUUCGCUGCACAUUGCAUCAGCGGGUUCACGGCUCUGGACAUUCCCCCUCCAAUAGGCCCUCUAUGGAUACUGGGUGACGUCUUCAUGGGAGCCUACCAUACCAUCUUCGACUACGGCAAGAUGAGGAUUGGGUUUGCAGAUUCCGCAUGAGACACGAGCAUUACACUAAUCACUACUAGCUACGGAGUAUAUGACCUCUGUUAUAGUGAUACGAGUCGUGGUCGUCGGUUUAUCUUACAUUACAGUUGCUGUUCUCAGAAAAACCCUGCAUCGUGUAGUGUUGGAUUGGAUGUCACUAACUACACCCUGCAGAGUUUUUUCUCGAGCUUUUAUAGAGUGCACGCACGCAGGACAGAUGUGUAUCUCCGCAUCGAGAAGAAAUAAAGGAAACGCGUAGCUUUCAUCAGUUAUCAGCUUCAGCUGUGGUCAUGUCAAGCGAGUAGUGGAUCAAUAACAAUUGCAAAAGGUUAUAUGUCUUUAGUUUUCUAUAUUUUGGACCAGAACAAAAAAUAAAAAGAAACAGAUGUACGUUGGCCA